GAACGCGGAACGUUUCACGACGAGGGCCACGAUGAAGAACGCCAAAGUGGACAUUGAGACGCUGGACUACUACCAUUUCCUGCCGCUCUUCUUUGACGGUUUAUGCGAGACCGCCCACCCGUAUGAGGUCUUCGCUCGCCAGGGCGUCCACGACCUGCUGGACCACGGAGGCUCCAAGAUCUUGCCUGUCAUUCCCCAGCUCAUCAUCCCCAUCAGGAAUGCCCUCAACACGAGGAACAACCAAGUGAUGUGCACCACCAUUAAAGUCCUGCAGCAUCUGGUCAUGUCUGGCGACAAGGUCGGGGAAGCCUUGGUUCCAUACUUCAGACAGAUCCUCCACAUUUUCAACCUCUUCAAGAACAACAAAACACUGUGCUGUAAUCAGAAAACCUGGGAGAUGCUGUCGACUACAGCCAGAGGAAGAGGGAAGACAUCGGAGAUCUGAUUGAAGAGACUCUGCAGAUGUUUGAGCGCUACGGAGGAGAGAACGCCUUUUUAAACAUCAAAUAUAUGGUACCAACCUACCAGUCCUGCAUUAGGAACUGAAGGACCGGGCCUGUGC